CAGGCCUCUUCACAAACCUACUGAACCAGAGAGAGAGGGAAGAGAGAGGUUUUCAGUUCUUAAAUGACCUCUCCACUCUCCAUCACUUUCCAGCUUGUCAUUCCCCAUUUUCUUAGUUCUCAGAUCAAAACCCUAGAAUUCCAAAUCCAUAGAUAUCCCGUCUCCGCUGGCUCUUUCACCGCCACUUUGCGCUGAAAUCCUUGCUUAACCAGAGCUAUGGCGUGUACUAAAGUCAGGGGGAAUGAGGUUCUUUACUCAGUUUACUCGGUACUUGCCCUGGUUUUCGUCCUGAUGGCUUGUGUUGAGCUCUGUGAUGCUUCAGCUGUAAUGGACGUUUACAGGUUGAUACAGUAUGAUCUCUCUGGUUCGCCAUUUGGGUCUCGUAGAGCUAGCUUGAAUCACCAUGCUGGUUCUGCUUUGUUUUCUCCUGGUACUGAUCUUUCGCGUACGGUGAUUAUGGUACCUGUCCGUGAACUCAACAUCACAUUACUUCGGGACUAUCUGACAAAUAAGUACCCAUUGGGAGGACUACUACUUUUGCUUUCCAAGAAAUCCGCCGAGGAAAAGGACACAAACACUGAGGAGGAUGUGGGAUUCAUGAGGAGUGUGUUAUCUGAAAUCGAACAGUUUCUAAUACAUGCCAAUAUUCCUUAUCCUGUGUACUUUGCACAUGAGGAGGAGAAGGUGGAUGCUAUAUUAGCUGAUGUUAAAAAGAAUGAUGCUACUGGUCAGCCUGCAACUGCAACAACUGGCGGCUUCAAACUUGUCUUGUCUGCUCCAGAACCUAAAAAACUUGCAUCUCCGACCCUUACAAACAUUCAGGGAUGGUUACCAGGAUUAAAAGGUGAAGGUGAUGGUGCUCAGCUACCAACCAUAGCUAUAGUGGCUUCAUAUGAUACGUUCGGUGCUGCACCGGCACUAGCUUUUGGAAGUGAUAGCAAUGGAAGUGGGGUUGUAGCAUUGUUAGAAAUAGCAAGGCUAUUUUCCCGCCUUUACUCAAAUCCAAAAACAAGAGGGAGAUACAAUUUAUUAUUUGGCUUAACUUCUGGGGGCCCCUACAACUACAAUGGGACACUGAAGUGGCUAAGGAGUUUUGAUCAGAGAUUGCGAGAGAGCAUUGAUUAUGCUAUUUGCUUGAACAGUAUUGGUUCCUGGAAGAAUGAGUUAUGGCUUCAUGUGUCAAAGCCUCCAGAAAAUGCCUACAUAAAACAGAUUUUUGAAGACCUUUCAACUAUCAGCGAGCAAUUGGGAAUUACAAUUGGUCUCAAGCACAAAAAGAUUAAUAUUUCAAAUUCACGAGUAGCAUGGGAGCAUGAACAGUUUUCUAGGCUGAGGGUGACUGCUGUGACACUCUCAGAACUUUCUGCUGCACCUGAGCAACUAGAGCAAACUGGAGGAAUAUCUGACACAAGGCAUAUUGUAAAUGAAACAUCCGUUCUGAAUGGUAUCAAAUUGGUUGCUGAGAGCCUCGUGAGGCAUAUAUAUGGCUACCAUGGAAAGAGUUUUGAAAUUUUUGCAGAUGAUAGUAGUUUAGCCAUCAAUCCUUUCUAUGUUCGUCAGUGGUUGGACCUGAUAUCUCGAACGCCUCGUGUAGCACCCUUUCUCUCAAAGAAUGAUCCCCUCAUUGCAGCCUUGAAGAAGGAAUUGUCAGACCAUACAGUUGAUGUUCAUGUGCAGCACGAGGUGCUAGAUGGCGUCUUUACUUUCUAUGACUUGAUAACAGCCAAGCUUCACAUUUAUCAGGUCGCAAGUGUAACAUUCGACUUAUUCAUACUUCUAAUGGUGGGGUCGUACCUGAUCUUGCUCUUCAGUUUCCUGGUCAUCACAACGAGGGGUCUCGAUGAUCUCAUCAGUAUCUUCCGACGACCACCAUCCCGCAAAGUAAAAACGGCCUAAAAUUCUUCACUGGUUCGGCCUUUAAAAAUCCGGUCAAUAUGAAGAUGAGAGCACCAGUUUGUCAUUGCAUUGUAUCUUGCAGGGUCCAGGCUUGGGCUUUGGGCCUCUUGGGCUAUUGUUUGAGGCUCCCGAAAGUGAUUAUGUUCCAAUUUAGAGAGGAACUAUUACCAGUAAUGCAAGAAAAUUUUUGUUUUAAUUUGAUUUGAGGCACAUUUGGUGCCAGAGAAGCUAUUCCUGGAAGGAAAUUUUGAUUGAAUUUAUGGAAAUGUAACUUUGCAGUC